AUGGGUUUGAAGUUCGAGAGAGAUCAUAGACUCAGACAAAAUUUGGUUGGAUAUGUGGACUUAGAUUAUGCUGGUGACUUGGACAAACGCCGAUCAACAACAGGGUAUUUAUUUACGCUUGCUAAAGGGCUGGUGAGUUGGAGGUCAACGCUUCAGUCAACAGUGGUUUUGUUUACUACAGAGGCAGAGUACAUGGCAGUGACAGAAGUCUUUAAGGAAGCUAGUUGGCUACAUAGGUUGAUUGAGGACUUGGGUAUUGUUCAGAAGCACAUUGAGUGGCUUGUUGAAGACUUUGGCUCUCCAUUUCAUCUACAAAUAGUUAGUGAAUGGAAGGGGGUCAGUGUGCGUGAAAGGUCGUACACAUGCCCUGGAAAUAGCCAUACUUGUCACGGUUACGUCCCACUUUAUUGGUUUACAACAAUCCAUUCAUAUCGCCCGCCACAGGGAUCGACGAACACCCCAAGCAGUGGUCUGGUCGCCUCUCUCUCUCUCUCUCUCUCUCUCGAAACAAUUUCUAUCAUUACAAAUGAUGGGCGCAAUAUAGUGGGAGUGUUAAAAGGUUUUGACCAAGCUACAAAUAUAAUUCUUGAUGAAUCUCAUGAACGCGUUUACUCCACCAAGGAAGGUGUCCAGCAACUUGUGUUAGGCCUAUACAUCAUAAGAGGUGACAACAUAAGCAUUGUGGGGGAACUUGAUGAAGAACUGGAUGCCAACCUUGAUUUGUCAAAACUAAGAGCUCAUCCUCUAAAGCCUGUUAUCCAUUGAUGAGCAGCAGCAUGGUAUGAGCAGUUUAUGGUUUUCUAAGGGAUGAAUAAGCUAUUUGAAUUGGAUUUAGAAAAGAAAGAUUUGGAUGUUGUAUGAGCCAAUACAAGAAACUGAAAUACGUGAUGCACCUGUUACAAAUAGCCUAUGCCCCUUAUUUUGCACAUGCCGAAUGUUUGUGAAGUUUGAUUAGUUUAACUAUGAAGUUUUUUUUGGUA